AUGACGAAUCAAGCCUCUUCCCACUCAGUUGCCAGCGAGAGCGCACCCGUUGUGCCUCUGCUCAGUGCGACCAAACCCGCAGAAGACACUCACACGCCGCCGGCACUGCUCGAGAAAGACAAACGUAAAGUGCCCGGCCUUUCGCAGACGAAAGCUGGCAGCCAUGCUCAACAAAGCGCCACGAAUAAUGCGUCGACGAGCCAGACGAUGCCAACGUCAACUCCAACCCUCGCACCGUCCCCUCCACUCAGUCCUCCGUUCGCCGAUGGCAGGCCCUCACCACGAGGGAGCCCCCGCAUAUACCCUGCAGGCAUUGGUGCCUCGCCGCGUCGCCGCAUCAACCGCUCGUCGUCCCCCGGACUCCUCCAUUCACCCGCUUCUUCGCAGAUCUUCGAGCGCAACGUGCAGGACAGCGUGAGCGAAUUGGAGGGGAGCGAACUCUCCCCACACCUUCCAACGCAUAUCAAAACCGAGGAUUAUAUACCGCCUGUCCUUGAGGCGUCCUCCUUAGCCAUCACAGAUGACCACCUGAACCCGGACGAAGUGGAGAUUGUUAUGCACUCUGCCCACCAGCCUGUCGCCGCAACCGUUGCAGGGAGUCGCGAUUCGAUAUACUCACCAUUGCAGGAUGACCUCUCAGUGCAUGUCGGCGCAGCCAGCCAUGUAGAGACUAUCGAAUCCACACCCAACUACGGCUCCAUAGAUACAACGGACGUGCGACGACUGAGCUUUAUAUCUUUCGCCGAUGUGGUCCAAGCCGAGAAUGUGGAGCUCGACCGAGACGGCGUGCAAAUCAUGAGCCUGUCCUCGACAGCAAACCGGUCUCCCUCACCGGUGCGCUCGCCCGCGUCGUCACACGGCUUCAGCGCCUCUCCACCCACGAGUGGGGCCGCAUCAGAGAAGGGAGUAGACUACGUGUCCCCCAAAGGAGUGCGGGUACCAAACAGCCCUACCGUGGCGCUCCAUGGCCUUCAGGGUCCAUCACCAGCCGGAGAACUACAGAUUGAGACGAUGCGCCAAGCCUUGCGGAAGACGGGCAGCGGCGACUUGAGCGGCGUCAGAAGCCAGCCACUCUCUGCUAUCAGUCUAGACGACAGCGGUGCCGACCGGGCUCCCUUCAAAUAA